AGGGGAGAGGAGAGAGAGGGGACCCAGGGAGGAAGAUGAAGGCGAAGAGGGCGAUUUGGCGCGGGUGGUGCUUGGUGGGCAGAUGUUAAUUCAUAUGGAAAUGAAAUAUUUAUUUCUUUUGCAGUGAAAGGCUGUGGUGGCGGCUACUGAGGACACUUCCAAAAUGUGUUUCUUAAAGGGGGAGAGACAGACGAGGGAGAGAGAGAGGAAGAGGGAGAGGACAGAUAAGGUUUCAGGUCUAGGCUGAUAGCUGCAAGAGGGGGAGAGGACUGGGUGGGUUUUUCUCCCCCCUCUCUUGCUGAUGCCAUGCAAAUUUAGGAGAGGAGGGAGAGAGGGAAAAAAAGAACUCUUUUAAUGACUCAUUGAUUGAGCCGGUUAAAAUUAGUUGUUGUUGUGUUUGGGUUUUUUUUUUUGGCCGCCCCCUUGGUGGCCAUCAAGAGAGAGAGAGAAAGAGGAGUGUGUGAGUGGGGUGUGUGUGUGGCAGGGUGUGUGUGUGGGGUGUGUGAGGAAGAGGGGGAUAGAGAGUGUGUGUGAGGGAGAAAGAAAAAUAAUCUUUUCAAAUCUCCUCCCUCUUUUUUCCCCCCUCGUUUCUUUGCUUUUCUCUAAAGCUCUCUGGUGUGUGAAGCACUUUUUCUUCCUCCUCCUCAGGAAAAUGGAGACACUUCGUCUUCUCUUUCCUGAGCGUGAGGCUGCCAAGGAUUUUUCUUUUCUUUUGCAUUCGUGGUUGGAUUUGCUUUCAUCGACCACCUCUUAUCUUGUACUAAUUUUCACUGUAUAUAUAUUUUUUAGCAUGGGCUGUACUUUUGACGGGGAUUUCUCCUCUAUUCGUUUUAUUUGUAUGGUUUUUUCCCCCUUUUGUUAUUUAUUCAGGGUUUUUUGUCUGCCUUUUUCUCCGACCUCUCGUCUGUGCGUCUUUGUUGAAAGGAAUGGAAAUGGUGAUUGUUUCGGUAUAUGUAAUUCUAGGUCGGUAGGAUUAAAAAACACACACAAGCCUUUCGAAAGAGUCGGCUGUAAUUGUUUUAAAAUGGCGAGAAUAAUAAAUAUUCUACAUCUGUAAUAACGCUUUCGUUUUUGCCUUUUGAUGAACGUCAAUCUGUAAUCUACCAUCGGAUUCGUCUUCCAACAAAUUUUUUGUUGUUUAAUUGAUUUUCAGUUAUGGUUAUACUAUAAUGGGGAUGGGGAGAGAAAGGGUUAUAUAGAUUGGAUUGAAAAUCUGAAAUGUUGGAUCAUUUUGAGGUGGGUAAUUGAUUUUCUCUCUUCACCCCCCCUUAAAACCGAGACGGGACUUUGUUUAGGGUGGGGAGUAAAAUUUGACGAAGUUAACCAGAUUGUAUGUAAUAGAGUGGGAAUACAAGCAGGAUACAUGCGUGAACGAUCACAUAAGGCUGAGCAAAUGAUAAGUCGAAAACGAGGCCUUUGCUGUUUCUGGGAUUGUUUAAAAAAAUCCUUAAACUGGCAUGCUUUUGAAUAACUUAAGGCGUCAUUGUGCCUUUCGAAAGCGCAGUCAAGAAAACUAUUUUUUCUCUCCAUGUCUGCGUUUCCAUGUGAGGGCUUUGCUCUGGUUUGUGUCUCGCAUCGUAUGGACUUGGAAAAGGGAAGAUGGCGCUGCCUGGCUGCCGGCCAGGAUUUGUUGCGCAUUUCUCUCCGUUCGCUCUCGUCCCCUUACGGCCGCCAUUUUGAGAGGCUCUUUAUAUUUCUUCCCGGGGUGGGGCGUUGUCCUUCUUUGCUUCUCGGGGGUCUCUUUCGUUACCUCGAAACAGCCUAGAAAACAUUCCCUCGCAAUCAAAAUAAUAACUCCUCUACCCACGCUUAGAGAAAUAUUUUGUUUCCUAACCCGCGACUUCAGAAUUUGUUCUUUGGAGGACGAAUGGAAUGGGAGGUUGAGAGGAUCCCCCAUAGUUAAUGCUAAAUAUUAAAGUAUCCAAUCGUAAGCACAGUUUACCUAUUCGAUAUAAUGGGUAGCUGUUGCCUUGAAAUGCUGCUGCUAUAAUCUUUGUUUCCUUUUGCAUGUUCCCUAAUGUGUACUAGUUAUGAAGAUACAUGAAGGAUGACUUCAUGAGAUCAGUGUUUCUUAUUCUGGACUCCCUUUUGUCAUUGCUGCCACAGCUCCCCUGUCGGAUUGGUGUCGGACCCUCGGGGAGAAAGGGUUGAGGCUGGAAUGAAUACAACACACUUGCAGAAAUACAUCCGUAUAAUGUCAGUCAAAUAUGGUGGCUGCUCAGAAAGAGAUGAUUUGAGAAAUUUAAAAAUGGAGGAGCAGAGGUGUGUGAAUUGGCCUUUCAAGUUUCAUUCGUUACUGUAGGCAGACAUUUUACGUUGUACCAGGGAUUGGCUAAAAAUCUAAAAAGGCCAUGGGCAUUCCUGUUGCUGAAGUCUAAUAGGGGAGUAAAAGAUGUGGAAACCAACAGGCACUGUUGAAUUUAGUCACUUCAAAAUGCUUCCCACGUUUAGAAAUGGUGGCACUUGUUAAUAGUACCUUGGGUUUAGAAAACCCAGGAACAUAGUGGCUUUAAGUCAACCUAAUAAACAACUGUGCUUUCCUUUUUUUGUAAGUGUUUAAUCAUAUUUGAUACAGUAACAUUUUCAUAGGAAAGAAUAAUUGGGCAAAAUAUGGCUAUUACAAGACGUACCCUCAUUAUAGCCUUCACUAUUUUAAUUGUUAGCAUUAAUUAAAAUCCUUUAAAAAUUAAGUUUAAGAUUUUUUUUAAUGUUCACCUUGAUGAGAUAUAAAGUUACAUUUCUGAAGAGACAUUGCGCUUAGUUUCACUGCUUAUUGCAGAAAAAAAAUCCAGUGUAAAAAACAAUGGCCUGGAUAUUGUUUACUUCUUUCCUAAGGAAAAGUAAAUUAAAUAUACCGUAUAGGAAAAAUCAGGAAGAAGAUUCUUUUACAGCAAAAUAACUACUGUUACAAUAUCUCACAUGUACUUGCAUGGACUUUUUGGAGUUUAGGAUAAACUGGACUCUUGUAUUAACAUCUGGACAACUAUUUGAGCUUCGCAAACAUAUCAGCACAGUGAUCUUUUUAGUGUUUGUAGCAUAGAGUACUCCAGGACCAAGGAUGUAAGUUGUUUUUAGAACAGUUUAUGACACAGAAUGCUAUUAAUUAGAUUACAGCUUUCCUUCAAGGAAUUGCUUUCACUAUUGUAUAUAAGCAAAAAUUAAGUUAAAACAGUUACUUUAAAUAAAUAAAAAUAGCUGACUUCAUUCACCUUAUGAAAGAAAGAGAAGCAGAAAGUUCAUCAGGAACUGACUAAUUGGAUACAAAGUAUAAGCCAGGUUUCAAACUGGAGCAAAAACUGUGUCCUCGUGGGGAAGGAUAUUCUCCGAAAUAGAAGCAUUUUAGUGGGUAAACUGUUUUGUCAGACCUAGUUUCAUAUAAUAUUCCCAGUUUCUUUUUUCAAAAACUGAAAUGUCAGGUUUUUGAAUGUGUUAAUAUUUUUUUCCCCGGGGGAGGAAUUGAUUCUAUGUAAGUUCUUUCAGGCCAAUAGAGAAUCAUGAAAUACGAAAUUAAAUUAUAUCUCUGAUCAGAAUUGCUAGUUUCCCCCCUUUGUGAUACAUGAAACGGGGCAGACUUUUCAACAAUGUAUUACCAUGUGGUAUAUAAUAGUUUACGUGAAAAAGGUUAUGAAUAUAGGUGGUAGAUGAAUGGGACUCUGAAAGAUUUCUUAGCAAAAAACAUUUUUGCCAAGUUAUCCAACCCACUUAUUUAUAAAUGUGAGCUAUAGAUAAGAUAAACAUGAUAGGGUUUAUCUUUGUACUUAAAUUCUUGUGAGAUGGUAUUUUUGUUGAACUAAAAAUCUUUAUCCAGGACCGUUAUGCAUAUCAACUGACUUAACAAUGGCCUAAUUUCCCUUACCCAAAGUUAGCAAACAGUUGUCAAUCUGAGAUUUGCUAGGAUUUUAAGUAAGCCAAAUGACAGCUGUGUCUACACUGCUGUGAUGUCAUGUUUUACACCAUUCCCAUUUCAUGCAUUUCACUGGAAGUAUGAAAAAUAAUUCUUAUUUCAGCUGGACCAAUGUGACACAUUUUGUCUAUUAUGUUACUAACAUUCAGGUUAUGGGCACCAUAUUGUAUGAUUACAUCUUUAGUCUGGAAAAACACAGAUAAUGUGGGAUCCAACUCACAUAUAUGUAGAUAAGAUAUACACAACUUGCAUUUUUAUUUUUAUUUUGCAAAUUGAUUUUCUAAAAUUGGGAGACUGUGACAUGCACAUAUAAUUAUUUUAGACAUCAUUUAUAUCAAUCUGUCAAAUCAUUGUCAUCACAUCAUUUAGAUUGUAUGCCUUUUUGGCAAGGACUGGUUUUUACAACUUUUAUGUACAGUGCCAUGUGCAUUUGAUGGCGCUAUAUAAAUAAAUGUUAAUUAAUUACCCAUCCCAGCUCUGGUUACCUGCCUUCUACCCCUCCGUUUUCCUGUUUGAAUUGGGUAGUUUCAGUGGCAAUGCACUACAGAAAUAUGCAGUGCUCAUGUCUCUUAAGUGCCUAGAGGGUUGCCAAACCUUUUCCUCCCUGAACCACUUGAAAAUUGCUGAGUGUCACUUAAUGAUUUUUCUGCUUGUUGUUCAGCAACUGUAAUGCACUAUGCUAGUUGCCAAAGGUGUUUUUUUUAAUUAAAGCGCUAUUCUGCGGCCCACCUGAAUUUCAUUUCAUUUCAUUUAUUUCAUUUUUAAACCACCCAUAGCGAAUAGCUCUCUGGGCGGUGAACAAAACAAGAUUAAAAUACAAUAUUACAAUAAAAUUACAAUAAAAUCAGCAACAAGUUAAACGGAAAAAAAAAUUAAAUGAAACACAUUGAACAUUAAAAUGCCUGGGAGUAUAGCCAGGUCUUAACCUGGCGCCUAAAAGAAAGUACCGAAGGCGCCAGGCGUAUCUCCACAGGUAGGCUGUUCCACAGUUCGGGGGCCACCACAGAAAAGGCCCUAGAUCUAAUAACAAUCCUCCGGGCAUCCUGAUGAGUUGGUACCCAGAGGAGGGCCUUGGAUAUUGAACGAAGUGAACGGGUAGGUUCAUAGCGGGAGAGGCGUUCCACAAGGUAUUGUGGUCCCACACCGUGUAAGGCUUUAUAGGUCAAAACCAGCACCUUGAAUCUGGCUCGGAAACAAAUAGGCAGCCAAAUAGGACAGGUGUUAUAUGCGCAGACCAGCGGGUCCUCGUUAACAACCUGGCUGCCGCAUUUUGCACUAGCUGAAGUUUCCGAACGGUCUUCAAGGGCAGCCCUACAUAGAGCGCAUUACAGUAGUCCAGUCUAGAGGUUACCAGAGCAUGAACAACUGAGGCGAGAUCGUCACUGUCCAGAUAGGGUCGUAGUUGGGCUACUAAGCGAAGAUGGUAAAACGCAUUCUGUGCCACCGAGGCCACUUGAGCCUCAAGUGACAAGGAAGGGUCAAAAAGGACCCCCAAGCUACGAACCUGUUCCUUCAAGGGGAGUGUAACCCCAUCUAGAACAGGAUGAACAUCCACCAUCUGGGCAGGAGCUCUGAGAGGCAGAAGUGUCACCAUUACUGAGAGAUGGAAACGGGACGAACCUUGGUCCAGUCUGGUCUAGGCCUUGCUUCACCUCCCUUCCUCUUGGUUAUAGUCCAGAGGUGGGCCACUUGUGAUAAUGUAUGGAGUAUAUAGUUGUCAUGGAUGAUGACGAUGAUGAAUCCUGUCUCUUUGACCUUAUUGGAGACGCACAGGCACUGAAUUAUUUCCUACAUGGAGCAGGCAGUAAACCUAAUAAUGAAGACUUGACUAAUGCAGGAUAUUCUGCAGCCAACUCAAAUUCCAUUUUCGCCAAUAUCAGUAGCUCUGAUCCUAAGUCAUCAAUCAAAGGUGUUGGCAGUCAGCUUGGAGAGGGGCCUAGUGAUGGACUACAGUUGCCAAGUAGCCUUCAGUUUCUUGAUGAUGAACUUGAAUCUUCUCCAUUGCCUGAUCUCAGUGAAGAUCAGCCUUUUGAUAUCCUCCAGAAAUCUCUGCAGGAAGCUAAUAUUACUGAACAGACUUUGGCAGAAGAAGCUUACUUGGAUGCCAACAUAGGCUCCAACCAACAGUUUGCACAAGCUCAGCUUCAUCCUUCCUCAUCAGCAUCUUUUACUCAGGCUUCUAAUAUUUCUAAUUGCUCAGGUCAGACGCUGCAACCUAUAGGAGUUACUCAAGUGGUACAGCAACCAGUUGGAGCAUCUUUUGCAAGCAAUACAGUUGGUGUGCAACAUGGCUUUAUGCAACAUGUGGGGAUCAGUGUUCCCAGCCAGCAUUUGUCAAACAGUAGUCAAAUUGGUGGUUCUGGACAGAUACAGUUAAUCGGUUCGUUUAGUAAUCAACCUUCUAUGAUGACCAUCAAUAAUCUUGAAGGAUCUCAUAUUAUAUUGAAGGGUGGGGGGCAGCAAGCACCUGCAAACAUGAGUGGUGGACUUUUGGUUCAUAGGCAAACUCCUAAUGGUAACUCAUUGUUUGGCAACUCAAAUUCCAGCCCAGUAGCACAACCUGUAACUGUUCCAUUUAACAAUACAAAUUUUCAGACAUCUUUGCCUGUGCAUAACAUCAUCAUACAGAGGGGUCUUGCUCCAAAUUCUAACAAAGUUCCCAUCAAUAUCCAGCCAAAGCCUAUUCAGAUGGGCCAGCAAACUACCUACAAUGUGAAUAGCUUGGGAAUACAGCAGCAUCAUGUACAACAAGGGAUUCCUUUCGCUUCAUCAAACUCCCCUCAGAAUUCAGUAGUUGGUCCACAUAUGUCUGUUAAUAUUGUUAGUCAUCAAAACACAAGAAAAUCAGUUACUUCUCAGGCAGUAAAUAAUGCUGCUGGUAGUAUUGUUAUCCAUUCUCCUAUGGGACAGCCUCAUGCACCUCAGAAUCAGUUUCUUAUACCCACAAGUCUGUCAGUAAAUCCUAACUCAGUUCACCAUGUCCAAACCAUAAAUGGACAACUUCUUCAAAAUCAGCCUUCACAGCUUGUUUCUGGCCAAGUAUCCACAGAGCACAUAAUGCUAAACAGGAACUCUACAAACAUGCUUAGAACUAACCAGCCAUAUUCAGGACAGAUGCUGAAUAAUCAGAAUGCUGCUGUACAGCUAGUUUCUGGUCAAACAUUUGCAGCUCCUGGAAGCCAAGUUAUAGUAAACCAUGGGACUUCUCAAAUUGUUAGUGGCCAGGUUCCACUACCACAGGCAUCUUCUGCUGUGUUGCAUUUAUCCCCUAGCCAAGGAAACGUUUCCCAAGGGAGAACGGGCUUUACCACAAUGUCUUCUGGACAGUCAACAGGUUCAAGUAUCUCAUCAAGCAAUCGGUUUACUGUUGUGAGUUCUUCUGCCACAGCACAUCCCAACAUCGGCCCAUCAGUCCAGACUGUUGCUUCAGGAGGAAAUUUUGCUGGAGAUCAACUUGCACAGCAAAAUAGAACACAGUUGUCAGUCAGUGUGUCACAUCGUCUUCCAGUUUCUUCUUCCAAGUCGGUCAGCACCUUUAGUCACACAUCAGUAACCCAACCACAGUUUUCCUUUGGGCAGACUCAAAAAAAGGGUAAUAAUCUUGUGUCUUCAGUUUCAACACCAAAGUCACAGGAUAGCCUGAGACCACCUCAGCUAACAAGUCUUCUAGGUAAUACAUUACCAGGACAAGAUACUGGGGGGAAAAUCAUACAACAGCCUAUAGGAACAGCACUACCACACCAGGAAAAAACAGUAGGAUCAUCUCCUGCCCAAACAAAUAUGCAGGUUGAUGGUCAUACAAUAGGACAAAAGAGGCCUGCUACUAAACAGCUAACAAAAGGAGCCUUUAUUCUACAGCAGUUACAGAAGGAUCAGGCGCAUGCUGUGACUCCAGAUAAAACUCAGUUCAGAUCUUUAAAUGAUGCAGUCCAGAGACUCCUCUCAUAUCAUGUGUGUCAGGGAUCACUGCCAACAGAAGAGGAUUUAAGGAAAGUGGAUAAUGAAUUUGAAUCUGUAGCAACACAGCUUCUGAAAAGAACACAGGCUAUGUUAAAUAAAUACAGAUGUCUGCUUUUGGAAGAUGCAAUGAGGAUAAAUCCUUCUGCAGAAAUGGUCAUGAUUGACAGGAUGUUUAACCAGGAAGAAAGACAAACGCUAUCACGGGAUAAGCGUCUUGCAAUAGUAGACCCUGAUGGCUUUUUAGCAGACUUUUGUUGUUCGUCCACACAACCUGACAAGAUUGCGGAUGAAACACAGCCUAGUGAAAGUGAUCAUCAAUCUAGCAAACAUUUAACUUCUCAGAAUCAGACUGCCAAUAUCCAAAUCAAAGACAGAUCAAGUUUGAGCACAGCAGAGUCUUUAAAUCACAACAAACUUCAGGUUGGAUUCAGAUUCACCCUCUGAGAAUGGAAGGGCUCCUACUGACAAUGGAAGGCUUUUGAUCCAACAGAAGGAUCCUGCUGGCAGAGUGGGGGAGCGGGGGGACAUACGCCGGUUCCUUCAUCCUGUGUCACCACUUCCCAAAGGGUUCCCCAACCCCCUAGAGCAGAUUUUCAUAGGGCAAAGGGCCUGCAGGGGGGAGGGAGAAUUGGCAAAUGUCACUUCACCCCCCGUCAACCAGCGAGAGCAUCCCCUGAACGGAAGGAUAGGAGGAAGCCUGGAUCCAAGCAUAUUUCUAAAGGCUUGUAAUUCAUAAUCUAGAGCCAAAGGAACUCCAUGCAUUUGGCUGGUAGUCAUGAUGACAAGAUGAUUAUAUUAUUUUAUUUAUUAUUUGAAUCCAUGGCAUUCCCCUGUGCUGCCAUGCUCUGUGCAUUUUUUUUUAAAAGGAAUUCCACUGUCAUCAUUGCUGCUAGGUCCAUUGGUUUUGUGCUAUUAGUAAGAGGGAUGUGACAUGUAUGCCUGCUACAAAAAUCCCGAGCUGUGUGUUUUGUAGGGCAAUCCCUUUGAACCAUAUUCAAAAAUGUCCUUAUUGACUUCAUCAUAGCCUAGAGCCUGUAGAGGUACAGUAGCCUUGACCCAAUCAUUCUUGUGUGCAUACAGAGGUUUGGAAAUUGAGCAUUUCCCUUAUACUGAUAAUGGGGAACUCCCUCUUACAUGCAUGUAUGGAGCUUUGCAACACAGCAACAGUGACAAAUUGGUUGUCAGUCAGAUUGCCAGAGUGCCCAGAUAAAAGGGCUGAGUUUUACUUUUUUUACUCCAAUUUUAUUGUAGUGUAAGAGCCAUAUUCUGUUCUCUUUCAGUCAACACAAAACACCACCAUCCUUGUGUUGAAACAGAAUAACUAUGGAAUAUUAUAAGAUAAUCAAAUUCAACAAAAUAGUAAUAUUAUUUAAUAUUUUGUUCACAAUAGGACUAGAAAUAUAGAGGAGCUUUAAAAUGGUUUUUUAUUGACACUUUUUUUUUAAGUGUGCUAGUUAAAAUUACAGACUUGUGAAACCUUACAUUCCAUGGAGACAGCAUUGCCACUUUGGUUCAUUUUGGUUGGCAUGGGUCCUGCACUUGUUUGCUUAUCAAUGAAAGUGCAGCAGUUGCCUUUCCCUCAAGAUGUUGUAAAGCCGAAAUUCAUUGAACUGUAACCAUAAUGAGAUGGGUAGGAAAGUGGGUGUAUGUUGCACAUAAAUCAGCUGAACUAGAAUCUGAUUGGAAGAAUGAGAAAUUUGAUACACAUCCAUAGAUCCUUUUUUUGGUUUUAUCUCACAGAACAAAAUUUCCAUCAUCUGUACAGAAUAUUCUGAACCCAAAUACCAAAACAAAGCUUAUACAUUUUAAAUCUUAUGUGAGAGUUUACUUUAGCUGAGACAUUUGAAAUGCACUUCAUCAAUGUGGAUUAAAUCACACCUAUAUUUAUGCCAGCAUUUUGUGCUGGGAACCCACUGAACAAAGUUCAGCUAAAUUAACCUCGGGUAGCUAAUGUAUUUUAUUUAUUAAACUGAACUUGGUUUUAGAGCUCUGAAUAUUUUAAUUGGUAAUGCAGUACAAAUAUUUUUGUUUGUUGUAAAAAAAGAAGUGUGAAUUUGUUACGCGGCCCAUGGUCCUGAAUCCAGUGAAGACCAUUUUUUGUGCUUAACUGCUUUGUAGGAUUGGUCUCUUUACUUCCUGGAUGUAUUUCCAUAUUGUCUAAGGUUAAAAUUUUAGUUGACAACUAUGAAAAAUAUCUGAUUCAACAAGGUCAGGAUAAUUGAGCUGUUAGAUUUGGGAGGCCUUACAGACUGACUUUACUGAAAGAGGAUGUGUCACUUAUUGUCAGUGUGGUAUGGAUUUUAUUUGCUUAAAUACUUUCAUUUGUAUGUCUCACUUGAAAUUGCUUUGUAUACAUUUUGUAAAAAUAUUUAUAAAAUGUUUUGUAAAAAAAGUAUAACAAAUUGCAGUUUAUUUUGUUAUGUUGGAUAAAUGCUGUUAAAAAACACACGUUGGUAAAAUAUAUUGUUAACCCAUGGAUAGGAAAUGUUUAGAUGGAGACUACAAAUUGAAACAACCAUUGCAAUA